AUGGAGGAUGAACCCGAAGAUCCCCAUGUGAACCGAGAUGAGCUGUUCCAUAUUGUGAGAGAUGGCGACUAUGCUGAUGCCAAGACGGCCCUAGCAAAGGCAGAUAUGGCUUGGCGGCAUACAGCUCUGCAACAAAACUUCUUGUUCUUUAUUGCGGCACGGCGCCGCCGGGGAUCCGAAUUAUUAGCAAGGCAGUGUAUCGAAAUGGGCGUCAAUCUAGAGGAAGUAGAUGUGCAUGGGCAGACGCCUCUGUUUUGGGCUGCAGCCCGCGGCAAUUUGGUCAUAGUGAAAUUCUUGCUUAAUCUUGGGUUUGAAGUGAACUUUCGCGACAAGGCCAGGAAGACUGCUCUCUUCUUUGCCAUUGAGAAGAAUCACAUGGACGUGGUCGACUACCUGAUCGAACGUUCUGCCUCUAUAUGGGUUCGGGCCUCCGACGGCAAGACACCACAGUUGAUGCUAAAGGCAUUGAAUCACAAGGCCCCCAGCAGGAAAAGGGAGUUGGUGUCGCCAACACCGACUUUCACGUGUCCGGGCGCGGCAACACGGAGCCGUUUUGCCCAGUGGGAAUGGGCCGGGGCCCAGGAGGAGACUGAGCCACUGAUUGAAAAAAAGGAGGACAAGGUGCUCGUGGAGAACGCGCAGUACUACGUGUGUGCAUCAACGACAGGGUGUUCGAAGCGCCUCCGCCGCUCGGAGCGGGAGUUUGUUGGAGAUCAUGCUCAUCUCCAUCAACAGGAGACCUGGUACAGCAGCUUGACUCCUGAGAAUUCUGCGGCGCUCGUGAACGUGAGCAUGGGAGACGAAAAAGCACAUGAGAAGGUCAUUGACGAGUUGGCGCAGGGAUCACGGCCUCGUGCCUUCACGCUGGCAGCAGUGUCGCAACAGACUCGCACACUCGCUGGUUACGUGUAUGCAUCUUUCACGGACGAGACGUUGAAGAUCGGCCAAGUCAAAGUGGACCGGCCCCAUCAAGAACGGGGACUAGGCGGUCUGCUACUCAAAGCGGCCGAGAAGCGAGCACAGAACUUGGGAGCAUCCAUCUCGAAAGUGAAACUCACGGUCCUCGAAACCAACAAAGGGGCUCAAAGAUGCUAUGCAAAGUCGGGGUUCAAGGUUACCACGACAUACUCGUCAAGUUUUCCACCGUGCGCUUGCGAAGCUAAGCGAAUCGCUUGCCACCAUGAAAAGAUCCGGUGGUACAACAUGGAGAAAGCUUUGCCUGACAACACGGUCUUUGCUGGCCCAACACCGAGCCUGGAGCCAAAGAGCAAGAACGCCUUGGAAAUGCGGCAGGCGAUCAUGACGGUGGAGAAACAGAUUCUGAAGGAGUUUGGAUUCGCCAUGUCAACCUUCCUACAGCCGCCCCACAGGUACCUUCUGCAGUUCCUGCGGCGCAUGAUGCCAGGGAAGGCUGUGGGCGAGUUUGCGCAGACAUCCUGGAACUACUUGAACGACUCCUUUCGCACCACACUUUGCUGCGAGUAUCAACCGCACGAGAUCGCUGCAGCCAGUAUCUUCCUGGCCGCAGACAAGUUAGGGAUAGAGCUUCCAAGCCAGCCUCCCUGGUGGAAAGACUGCCACACGCGAUACGAGGAUAUGGCGCACAUCGCGACCACCAUUACCGAUCUGUACAGGCAGCCAGCUCCUCGGCUCCUUUUCGUGCAUGGGAAGAUGCAGGACCCCACGGAUGUCCCUACCUUUAUGCGCUCACCCUCUGACGAUGGGUCUGGCAGUGGUCUUCGCGCCUCCGCCAACGAAGGCCGACAGUCAGACCCCGAGGAUCGGGCAUCACCGGAGCCCCAGGUGGCUCGGAGGAGUCGCAGCCGGAGCCCCGCAGCUCCAAAGCGGGUUGUGCGGCUCACUCUUGGGGGGCCUCGCAGCACCCAGCGCCCGCGGUGA